AUGAAUGAUUUCAGUGGCUUGGGCAUUCUCGUUGAGGAAAAAGAACCCUCUCUACCGAACCCCCAUCCUUCCCAGUCUGCGCCCAGCGCCAGCCUAGCCUCCCCUCUGCAAGUGUCGGCCGCCUCAGUCCCUCCAAUGAAUAGAAACAGCUCCAGCAACACCGAGCUGACCAUCAGUGGCGAUGCUGAGUUGAGUGAGUCGCUCCUUCCGCCGCUUCCAAGCGACCAGGACGACUUGGAGGUCACUUCUGCCAUCACAUCCGGCUCGUUUUCCAACAGCAACAACAACUCGCCUGUGGUCACUAGCAACUCCAAAUUCCAGCAUUUUGGCGAUGACGAGGAAGUGUCGUCUGCGCUCAACUCCAGCACCUCGUGCAACUCUCGCGACGAUGCUCGUUCCACCGACUUCUCCGACCUAUUCCUUGACAACCCGUCGUUCAUGAACUACGAGCUCGACUCGCCCAGUCUCGGCUUCGACGCCAAGUUCCAGGCAUUCCCAUCGUUGGGCCCUACUUCCACAGGCUCCAAGACUUCCAAGGCCUCGAAAGAAACUGCCCCCUCCAGCAUCUCCUCCACCAGCAACACCUCGCCCAUCAAGAGGCUCAAGAGUCUCAAGAACGGCAUCCGCAAGUUGUCGUUGGGAGGCUCCUCCAGCUCGUCGUCCAAUACCCCCAUCACCAACCCGGUGCCACAACGUCCCACUUUGCACCCAUUACAAACAGACUCCAAGUAUGACGACAGCUCUGCACCCUCCACCGGAGGCCUCUCCUCCGCCACCAACCCCGGGCCUGUUUCCUUGGGGUUUGGCCACCGUCACAACUUAUCCCACUCGUCCACAUCCUCAUCUUCGAGUUUUUCGUCCUCCAUCAAUCCUUCCACCUCCCACCCACCAGUCACCUCGAUCAACUACAAGCCCAGCCGCUCCAGAACGCUCUCAAACUCGGCUCUUCUCACCCCCUUGACUCCUCCGCUGAACUCGCCCAUCAUCACACUUUCUGAGAACUUGUCGUCGUCCAAAAAGGCGUUGUCCAGCAUGGAACAAAGCUACUUCGACACUAUCAAUUCAAGAUACGCCAACUCGAUGGCUCAGAAAGAGUUGGAACCAGCCACUAGCGCUGGCAGCUCCCGUACCGUGUCUACAGGCUCGGUGGCUGCCCGUGACCGGGUGUCUUCCAUUUCCGAGUUGCACUCGGCUGAAGAGCUCAUCAAAUACUCGGUGUUCCUCAAGCAACAGAAGAACUCGAUUCACGAGGCGUUCGAGGUCACCAAGCAGCACCUCACCGAGAGUGGCUGGUGCUCAGCCCACGACAUGAACAACUUACAACUCCAGCAGGACUCGCAGUUGAGCCAGCUCGACACCAAGCUUCUCCAGAUCGAACAACGGUUGAACGAAGACUUUGGCAUGAGUUUGAUGAACAACGAGCCUCGCCGCAGAGUGGGUCCUGCCGUCGAAGAGAUGCCUAUCAGUCCCAGUCUCAAGGUGUUGGAAAGCCGGUGCUUUUCGUUUGUGGACUUGACCAACUAG